GCGGCCGCGGCGCCGACCCCGCAGGCCGAUAACUUCCUUCUUAGUGACGAAGUCAUAGCCAACGGCUUCCAUUCCUGCGAUAGCGAUGAGGACGACAGGGCGUCCCAUGCGAGCUCUAGCGACUGGACCCCGCGACCACGUAUAGGUCCCUACACUUUUGUUCAGCAGCAUCUCAUGUUAGGUACUGACCCACGGACAAUUCUGAAAGACCUGCUACCAGAAACGAUUCCUCCACCUGAACUGGAUGACAUGACCCUGUGGCAGAUUGUCAUAAACAUUCUUUCAGAACCGCCAAAAAGGAAAAAAAGGAAAGAUAUUAAUACUAUUGAUGACGCUGUGAAACUGUUACAAGAAUGCAAAAAAAUAAUGGUCUUGACUGGAGCAGGGGUUUCUGUGUCUUGCGGAAUCCCUGACUUUAGAUCAAGAGAUGGCAUCUAUGCACGCCUUGCUGUCGACUUCCCAGACCUUCCAGAUCCUCAAGCUAUGUUUGAUAUAGAAUACUUCAGAAAGGACCCCAGGCCAUUUUUUAAGUUUGCAAAGGAAAUAUAUCCAGGACAGUUCCAGCCAUCUCUCUGUCACAAGUUCAUAGCUUUAAUGGACAAAGAAGGAAAACUACUUCGCAAUUAUACACAAAACAUAGACACACUGGAACAAGUUGCAGGAAUCCAAAGGAUAAUUCAGUGUCACGGUUCCUUUGCAACAGCUUCCUGUCUCAUCUGUAAAUACAAAGUUGAUUGUGAAGUGGUUCGAGGAGAUAUUUUCAACCAGGUUGUUCCUAGAUGUCCCAGAUGUCCCCCGGACGAACCGCUUGCCAUCAUGAAGCCGGACAUCGUGUUCUUCGGAGAGAACCUACCCGAGCAGUUCCAUCGCGCCAUGAAGUACGACAAAAACGAAGUCGAUCUCCUCAUUGUUAUUGGGUCUUCACUGAAAGUCAGACCAGUAGCAUUGAUUCCAAGUUCCAUCCCCCAUGAAGUGCCUCAAAUCUUAAUUAAUAGGGAGCCUUUGCCGCAUCUACACUUCGACGUGGAGCUUCUCGGAGACUGUGAUGUUAUCAUUAAUGAGUUGUGUCAACGGCUAGGUAGCGAAUACACAAAACUCUGCUACAACCCAGUAAAACUUUCUGAAAUAACAGAAAAGCCUCCACGAACACACAAGGAGCUUGACCUGCACUCAUCUGACUUACCACCUACCCCUUUAAACAUUUCGGAAAACUCUAGUUCACCGGAAAGGAUGACUCCUCCGGCCCCUUCCGCGGCGCCCUCGGAACAGCCGGCUGAGCGCAAAGUAGAAAACUGUGAUUCUGCCUCCGAAACGCACAGGAGCUGCCCGGGGGAGACGCCUCCGGAAACGCAGCCGUCCCUGGAGAACGCCGAGAACGCGACUAGUGAACUGAUGAACUCCGAGCCAAUGAAGGAAAACGGAUCCAACAGUGGAGAAAACAGAGAAAAGAAUGAAAUCCUGAGGAAGUGUUGGGUAACCAGAGCUGCGAAAGAACAGAUCAGUAAAAGGCUGGAUGGCACUCAGUAUCUCUUUCUGCCACCAAAUCGCUAUAUUUUCCACGGUGCCGAGGUGUACUCGGAUUCUGAGGAUGAUAUCCUCUCUUCUAGCUCUUGUGGGAGCAGCAGCGAAAGCGGCUCCUGUCGUAGCCAGAGCUUAGACGUGGAAGAGGAGAGCGAGAUGGAGGAGUUCUAUAACGGCCUGGAGGAUGAGGACGCUCCGGAAAGGGAGGAGGAACCUGGAUUUGGGGACGAUGGAGUCGAACCAGAUGCAGCAGAUGAACCAGCUUAUGUAAACGAGGCCGCAGGGACGGAUCAUCCGACCAGCCCCACAUUGUAAAGUGUACACUUCCACUCACUGACUGGUUACAGGAACUGUCCACCAGCAUUAGGAGCUUUGGCAUGUCAGAAUGAAUGUUUACGUCUGAAUUUAGAGCAACAGAACCAUAAGGAUGUAGUGUUUAUAAACAACUAAAACAGAUUUUCAUGCUUAGUUUUUUACCUUUUUCAAUAAAAUUCUAUUACUGCGCACUCAACACUAACUCAUCUUUUUUUUUUUUUUUAAAAAGG